AUGAACGUGACCGACGCAAACCGCCAGAAGUUUGACGAAAUGGCAUCGCAGUACGACGCCAAAGACUGGCACAAGAAGAUGGCCAACAUGAUCACUGGCGAGAUCCGAAGCCGUCUUGAUUGGUUUGGCGUAGACUGGGCAAAGGAGCACGAUAAGAGCCGAGAUGUCCGUCUCCUGGAUUAUGCUUGCGGCACUGGCUUAAUCUCCCGGACCCUUGGUCCUUAUGUGACAACGAUCCGCGGGAUCGACCUGUCCUCGAACAUGGCUGCCGAGUACAAUUCUCGCGCCGUUGCUGCCGGUUUCAGCCCCCAAGAAAUGUCCGCCGUCCAGGGAAACGUCGCCGCCAAGGACCCCGAGGCCCAUCUGGCCGACCAGGCUCUCUUCAACUUCGACGUUGCCGCCGUUGGGCUUGGAUUCCAUCACUUUGAUGACGUCUUCCUUGCAACCAAACGCAUCGCUGAGCGGUUGAAGCCUGGCGGUGUAUUCUUCAUCGUCGACUUGGUCUCCGAGAAGCCACAUGACAUACCGCCCGAGCUCAGGGACUACGUCAAAGUCUUUGGCUUCAACGAGUCAGGAAUGCGCAGUCUUUUCGAGGGAGCAGGCCUAGUCGAUUUCGGCUUCAGUGUCAUAGAGCAGCCGGGCGAGAUGCAGAAAUCUUCCGGAGAAAAGUUCACCGUGACACUGUUCGUCGCCAAAGGAAGAAAGCCUACGGACUGA